GGCAGCGGCCUGAGCGGCGGCGGCGGCAGCAACGGGGAACGGGAGGCUGCGGAGCCGGCAGGAUGCUGGAGAUCCAGCUGGACGAUGGCGGCGUGGGGGGGUACCCGGGCGAUGAUUACUGCUCGGGGUCGGUGAUGUCGGAGCGGGUCUCGGGCCUGGCCAACAGCAUCUACCGUGAGUUCGAGCGGUUGAUCCACUGCUACGAUGAGGAGGUGGUGAAGGAGCUGAUGCCGCUGGUGGUGACGGUGCUGGAGAACCUGGACUCGGUGCUCACCGACAACCAGGAGCAUGAGGUGGAGCUGGAGCUGCUGCGGGAGGACAACGAGCAGCUCCUCACGCAGUACGAGCGGGAGAAGGCUCUGCGCAAGCAGGCCGAGGAGAAGUUUAUUGAGUUUGAAGAUGCACUGGAGCAGGAGAAGAAAGAAUUACAAAUCCAAGUGGAACACCUUGAAUUUCAGACUCGACAGCUGGAGCUGAAGACCAAAAACUAUGCAGAUCAAAUUUCACGACUGGAGGAACGUGAAUCAGAAAUGAAGAAGGAGUAUAAUGCUCUGCAUCAGCGUCACACAGAGAUGAUCCAGACCUAUGUGGAACACAUCGAGCGAUCCAAGAUGCAGCAGGUUGGGGGAAAUAAUCAAACUGAGGGUAGUCUACCUGGGAGAAGUCAUCGCCAGUCAUGGAGGAAAAGCAGGAAGGAACGUCCUAAUUCUCUGAAUGUCUUCCCGCUGGCGGAUGGCAUGUGCCCCCAGGAUGAAAUGUCUGAAUCUGGGCAGUCCUCAGCAGCUGCCACACCGAGCACCACUGGAACCAAGUCCAACACUCCCACGUCAUCUGUGCCAUCUGCUGCUGUCACACCCUUGAACGAGAGCAUCCAGUCCAUCAGUGAACACAACAGCACAACCAAGAGCAAUAAGAGGGCACGAGAAAAACGGAACAGCAGGAACAUGGAAGUCCAGGUCACACAGGAGAUGAGGAAUGUCAGCAUAGGAAUGGGCAGCAGUGAUGAGUGGUCUGAUGUUCAGGACAUCAUAGACUCUACUCCAGAGCUGGAUAUGUGUCAAGAUCCCCGCCUGGAACGCACUGGGAACAGCCCAACACAGGGUAUUGUGAACAAAGCAUUUGGGAUCAACACAGACUCUCUGUAUCAUGAACUUUCCACAGCAGGGUCUGAGGUUAUUGGAGAUGUUGAUGAAGGAGCAGAUCUACUAGGGGAGUUCUCAGGAAUGGGCAAAGAAGUGGGAAAUCUGCUGUUGGAGAACUCUCAGCUGCUGGAAACCAAAAAUGCUUUGAACGUUGUGAAGAAUGAUUUGAUUGCCAAGGUGGACCAGCUGUCUGGAGAGCAAGAAGUGCUGAAAGGAGAGCUUGAAGCAACAAAGCAAGCCAAAGCCAAAAUGGAAACCAGAGUCAAGGAGCUGGAGGAGGAACUGAAGAGAGUGAAAUCUGAAGCGAUUGUUGCCCGGCGAGAACCCAAAGAGGAGGUGGAGGAUGACAACAUUCCCAUAGCUCAGCGACGCCGCUUCACCCGCGUGGAAAUGGCUCGGGUGCUGAUGGAGCGCAAUCAGUACAAGGAGAGGCUGAUGGAGCUCCAGGAGGCCGUCAGGUGGACAGAGAUGAUCAGAGCAUCCCGUGAGCACCCAUCUGUCCAGGAGAAGAAGAAAUCCACCAUUUGGCAGUUCUUCAGCCGCCUGUUCAGCUCUUCCUCAAGUCCCCCACCAGCAAAGAGGACCUACCCAUCUGUGAACAUCCACUACAAGUCUCCAACAACAGCAGGGUUCAGCCAGCGCCGCAGUCACACCAUGUGCCAGAUCUCCUCCGGCAGCCGAACCCUCGAGUUCUUCCCCGAUGAUGACUGCACAUCCUCGGCCCGCCGGGAGCAGAAGCGGGAGCAGUACCGCCAGGUCCGGGAGCACGUGCGGAACGACGACGGGCGGCUGCAGGCCUGUGGCUGGAGCCUCCCAGCCAAGUACAAGCAGCUGAGUCCUAAUGGUGGUCAGGAAGACAACAGGAUGAAAAAUGUCCCCGUGCCUGUAUAUUGUCGUCCACUAGUAGAGAAGGACCCAACCAUGAAGCUGUGGUGUGCAGCUGGAGUCAACCUCACUGGAUGGAAACCUUUGGAGCAGGAGCCUGGAAAUGGGCAAAAACUGGAUCCUGGACGUGAUCCCCUCACCUGUGAUAGGGAAGCCGAAGGCGAGAACAACAAAAGUAACCACACAUCUCCAGAGAAGAAAAAGGCAAAGGAGCUCCAUGAAGCAGAUGCCACAUCCAGUCGUGUCUGGAUCCUCACAAGUACUCUGUCAACAAGUAAAGUUGUAAUUAUUGAUGCCAACCAGCCUGGCACAGUGGUGGACCAGUUCACUGUCUGCAAUGCUCAUGUGCUCUGCAUCUCCAGCAUCCCUGCGGCCAGUGAGAGUGAUUAUCCUCCUGGAGAGAUCUUUUUGGAGGGAGAUGUAAAUCCUGAAGAGUCAUCUGGAACAGAUGGUGUCUUGGCAGGAAUCACUCUGGUGGGCUGUGCGACCCGCUGCAAUGUGCCACGGAGCAACUGUUCCUCACGUGGUGACACACCUGUGUUGGACAAGGGACAGAGUGAGGUGGCUGCUGUCUGCAAUGGGAAGAUCAACCAGUCCCAGUCUACUGAGGAGGCAACAGAAGCUACAGAGGUACCAGAGAGUGGUCCAAGUGAGGCAGAGCCUGCUCAGGCCCAGCCUGGGCCCCUCACGGAACACAUCUUUACAGAUCCAGUCCCUGCACAGGCACCUCUCGGGCAGAAUGGGGAGAAUGAGCAGCUGAAGACAGAGACAAGCACAACACUGCCAGAUCAGGAAUUAAAUGGGGAUGCUGCUGGGACCAGUGCUGCCCCCACCAUGUGGCUGGGAGCACAGAAUGGCUGGCUUUAUGUGCACUCAGCUGUAUCCAACUGGAAGAAGUGUCUGCACUCGAUAAAGCUGAAGGACUCUGUUCUGAGUCUAGUGCAUGUGAAAGGGAGAGUCCUUGUUGCUCUGGCAGAUGGAACAUUAGCCAUAUUCCACCGGGCAGAAGAUGGUCAGUGGGAUCUCAGUAAUUACCACUUAAUGGACCUUGGUCACACUCACCAUUCCAUCCGCUGCAUGGCUGUUGUGUAUGAUAGAGUCUGGUGUGGCUACAAGAACAAAAUCCAUGUUAUCCAACCUAAGACAAUGCAGAUUGAGAAGUCUUUUGAUGCCCACCCUCGGCGGGAGAGCCAGGUGCGACAGCUGGCGUGGAUUGGGGAUGGAGUGUGGGUUUCUAUCCGCCUGGACUCCACUCUGAGGCUUUACCAUGCACACAGCCAUCAACAUCUGCAGGACGUCGACAUCGAGCCUUACGUCAGCAAGAUGCUAGGCACUGGAAAGCUGGGCUUCUCCUUCGUGCGGAUCACAGCCCUGCUCAUCGCUGGCAACCGCCUGUGGGUAGGGACAGGGAACGGUGUGGUCAUCUCCAUCCCAUUGACUGAGACUGUAGUCCUCCACCGAGGCCAACUCCUCGGGCUCCGGGCCAACAAGACCUCACCAACCUCUGGAGAGGGCAGCCGCUCUGGUGGGGUCAUCCAUGUGUACGGUGAUGACAACAGCGACAAAUCUGCCAGCAGCUUCAUUCCCUACUGCUCCAUGGCUCAGGCACAACUCUGUUUCCACGGCCACCGUGAUGCUGUCAAGUUCUUUGUCUCUGUGCCUGGCAAUGUCCUAGCAACCCUGAAUGGGAGUGUGUUGGACAGCCCUUCAGAGAACCCCAGCACAGCAGCCACAGAGACUGAGGGGCAGAAGCUGAAGAACGUCCUGGUGCUGAGUGGAGGAGAAGGGUACAUCGACUUCAGGAUUGGGGAUGGAGAAGAUGAUGAGACAGAGGAGAAUGCAGGAGAUGCCACCCAGGUGAAACCAGUACUUUCUAAGGCUGAAAGGAGCCACAUUAUUGUGUGGCAGGUAUCCUAUAUCCCUGAGUGAGAAUUCCUUCUUUCCCACCAAUGUAAGUGUCUCUCCUCCCACCUGAAUGCCAAGAUGUACAUACAGAACACCUGCAUUAUACCUGCUGCUGGAAACCGACCCCAGACAACUGCAACAGCUCUUGCCUCAGACUUUGACCCCCUUCUAACCUCUGAACUUGCAGCUUUCAUCUUGGGCCCGUGCGCUUUCUGCGUGGUUGGAUAACUGUCCUGCUCUGGAGCUGGCAUCUACAAGGAGAGAAAUGGCAGCACAUCCAUGAAGUGAAACUUGGAGCUAGAACUUGCAAAGCCUUUGCCCAGCACUCGGGAGCUGGCAGCUGGAUGGGUGGUGGCUCAGGUUCUCCAGCAGGUUGCCUCACUCCCACCUGCAUGAGAAGUAUGUCCCCAUGGUGUCCCCCACCAAAGCAGUGAUGGUGAAUCACAACUUCUGCAGCACCCUGGCAGAAAUCCUUUGUAGUUCACCAAUGGACUUUCCACCUUAUCCACCCUUAAGCACAGAAUCACGUCCCAUGGACUGAGAGCAGCCAGGUCCAAGGAACCCCCAGUAAAAAGGAAUGGUCAGGGUUUGGCAAGCACCUCUGCUGUUUGGCUAGAGAAAGUAGCAAUGGCAUUACUGUGAGAACACAUCCUCUGUACUUGCAGAUGGAAAAGCUUCUUCCUUUGCUGCCGCUGUUGUCUCAGCAGUUGAAUGCUGGGUGACUGUGUUAUCUGGAGAGGAAUGUUUAGUAGCCUCAACUGGGAGAUGGGUGUUCGGGCCUUUGGAAACUGUGGUAGUGAAAGAGUACUGGACCCUUGCCUUUUUAAGAUCAGACAAGGUAGCAAUACUUUUAACUCUUCCUUCCAAAAAUGCCAGGCAGAAAAGAACUCAAGUUCAUUCAGAAAGGGUCAGGAGAAAGCUAUCUUUGGGUAGCAUUUGUUGGUUUUUAUAAUACAGGUGAGAACAGAUGAAGUUGGUCUGCUGUGAAUUCUUCAUUAACACCUUGAGAUGACAGUGACUUAUAAGACUGUGUCCCCAUCCCAGGAACUGCUGGAAGGAGAUGGCUGGUUUUCUUCACAAUGGGUUGUUGUUUAGGAAAGGCUGUGUAGGUGCAGUCCAGGUGUAGAAAGGCCACACAGAAAAAGGAAUCGAGGCCAGAUCUCCUGACCUCUUUUCCCUGACACGGUGAGCACUGACUUUGUUCAAGGUAGUUUGAAAAGCUGGAAAUUUCUGACUCCUGAAAAGAAUUUACAAGAGAAAUUCUGAUGACCCUCCUUGUGUAAGCAGUGCUAGGGGGCUGCAAAUGUGUGUUCUGAUUACGAGAAAAGCAGCAAAAAACAGGGCCAGGGAGCAUGGUUUUGAGCUCCAGAUGCAGAAUGCAGCAGCUCCAGAUGUAGAGGCAAUGGUUUGUUCUCCCUUUCUGACAGUGGAACAAGUCAGGACUCUUCACUCAGCUUGGACAGGGUCCUCCAGCCAUGGCACACUGGGCCCUGUAGCUGAGGGUUUCUCGGAGCUGCCAUCUGCCUGCACAGGGACCUUUCACCGAGGACAUUUCACUGGGACACUGCUGACCAUGCCAGACUACUUUUUCACUUUCCCAAAAUGCUUUCUGCUAGGAAGAGCUCUUUGGAUCAUAGCAAAAAUUGUGUUAAAAGGAUCAACAUUUAGAUCACAGAUUCCAUAUACAUGUUCAUCAGUUAGGGCCAGGCAAAUAGUGAAAUUCAGGCUAGUAGGAGGAAAGGGGGAAAAAAACCCUACUAGGCCUGGUUCCUUAGCUCUAUCAACUCUUCAUAGCAAAAACUGGGCCCUGGCAACAUAAGGAGACCAAUCUCAGGCCUCUACCAAAAGGUUCCUUCCCAAUUCAGUGCAUGUUUUUCCUCCAAGAGAAGCACAUGUCUAAGAGGGACAUGUACAGCUAAGCAGAACCGGGCUCUGCUGUCAGCUCCUGUGGGCAUUAGGUGGCUGCUGGGCAGCAAGGUGAGAACUGACUGGCUUCAACACACUUCCCUGUCAUAUCUCCACUGUGAUGUAUGUCAAGUAUCUUUUAUGUUACAAAAGGAUUUUAAAAAGUGUCUUAAGGCCUGUAAACUCCGCUGUUUGGUCUGAAGAUGGCAUUCUGUAAAGAGACUGCUGUAUGAAUAUGUUCCCAUGCUUUGUCCCCUAUGCUACCAAACAACAAACCAUAUCUGUUCUGUAUGUAAUAAAUGUGUUAACAUCA